CAUCUAUUGGAGAGAAAGAGGAAGACAAGAAGCCAAGAGUGAGAGAAGAGCCUUGGGCUCUCUUUUCCUUCUGGGAAAGAAAGCACUCUCUCUCUCUCUCUCUCUCUCUCUCUCUCUCUCUCUCUUCGUUUAUAGUUCCGAGAAACAGAACUGAAGGGGGAAAUUCUGCAGUUUUUGUAUCACACUAAAAAUGGGUGAAGAAGAGGAGAAAAAGGAACAAGAAGAGAAGAAGGAAGAGGGAACAGAGGAGAAGAAGGAAGAAGAGCCACCAGAGAUAGUGCUCAAAGUGGACAUGCACUGUGAGGGCUGUGCAAGAAAAGUUGGAAGGUCUCUGAGGCGAUUUGAAGGUGUUGAAGAUGUGAAGAUAGACAGCAGAUCCAGGACAGUGGUGGUGAAAGGAAAGGGAGCAGACCCAAUAAAAGUAUGUGACAGGAUUCAGAAGAAGACUGGCAAGAAGGUGGAACUAAUCUCUCCCCUUCCUAAGCCUCCCGAGGAGGAGAAGAAAGAGGAGCCCCCACAAGAGGAAAAGAAGGAAGAGCCAAAGGCAAUUACAGUCAUAUUGAAAGUCCGAAUGCAUUGCGAUGCAUGUGCACAAGUUUUACAGAGGCGGAUAAAAAAGAUUGAUGGUGUGGAGUCAGUGGUGACAGACCUACCAAAUGAUCAAGUCAUUGUUAAAGGCAUCAUAGACCCAGUAAAAUUGGUGGAGAAUGUGUAUAGACGAACCAGAAGGCAAGCUUCAAUAGUCCAAGCCGAGCAAAAGAAGGAAGAAGAGAAGAAAGAAGAGGAGAAGAAAGAAGAGGAGACGGAAGAGAAAGGUGAUGGUGAAAAGAAAGAAGAGAAAGAACAUGGAGAGGAUGACAACGAGUUUGAUGUUAAGAAAUAUGAAUAUUGGCCUUCUAGACACUUUGUUGAGAAUGCAUACCCACCUCAAACUUUCAGUGAUGAGAAUCCAAAUGCCUGCACCAUUAUGUAACCAAA